UGAUGAAGAUGAAAUACCAGAAAUAAUUAUAAUUUCAAGUAACAAAGUUGACCAAAUACCUGAAAUUAUUGAAUUAUCAAAUAAUAAAGAAGUGUUGUUUGAAAAAGAACAAAUAGCUAUUUCUAGAGAUUGA